CACCUUUAUAACUCCUCCCUUGCUGCCUCUCCCCUCUAGCAAAACAGCCAUUGCAUCUCUCUCUCUCUCUCUCUCUCUCUCUCUCUCGUGUUCGUGUUCGCUUGCCAUCGCGUCGUCGCUCACAGCUAGCUAGCUGAUCGGUCGCUGCGAGCUAGAGCGCGCCAUGAGAGCGGGAGGAGGAGGAGGAGGGGACACGAGGAGGACGGCGGCCGGGCAGGCCAUGGUGGAGCUGCAGGCGAACGCGUCGUCGGCGGGCGGCGGGAUGGUGGUGGGGCUGAGCCCGCUGAGCGAGACGCUGUGGCGGGACAGCAAGGCGAUGCCCGGGGCGGCGGCGGCGCUCAUCGGCGACGUGUCGGCGAGGCUGACGUGGAAGGACCUCUCGGUCACCGUGGCGCUCGGCCCCGGCAAGACGCAGACCGUGCUCGACGAGCUCACCGGCUACGCCGAGCCGGGCUCGCUCACCGCCCUCAUGGGGCCCUCCGGCUCCGGCAAGUCCACCCUCCUCGACGCCCUCGCCGGCCGCCUCGCCGCCAACGCCUUCCUCUCCGGCAACGUCCUCCUCAACGGCCGCAAGGCCAAGCUCUCCUUCGGCGCCGCGGCGUACGUGACGCAGGACGACAACUUGAUCGGGACGCUGACGGUGCGGGAGACGAUCGGGUACUCGGCGAUGCUGCGGCUGCCGGACAAGAUGCCCCGGGAGGACAAGCGCGCCCUGGUGGAGGGCACCAUCGUGGAGAUGGGCCUCCAGGACUGCGCCGACACCGUCAUCGGCAACUGGCACCUCCGCGGCGUCAGCGGCGGCGAGAAGCGCCGCGUCAGCAUCGCCCUCGAGCUCCUCAUGCGCCCCCGCCUCCUCUUCCUCGACGAGCCCACCAGCGGCCUCGACAGCUCGUCGGCGUUCUUCGUGACGCAGACGCUCCGGGGGCUGGCCAGGGACGGGAGGACGGUGAUCGCCUCCAUCCACCAGCCCAGCAGCGAGGUGUUCGAGCUCUUCGACAUGCUCUUCCUCCUCUCCAGCGGCAAAACCGUCUACUUCGGCCAAGCAUCGCAGGCAUGCGAGGUAAGUCAUCUCACCAGUCACCAGAUUCAGAAAGCAACCAGUAUAUAUAUAUAUCUGUCACCACUAUCAUUCGCCAUGGUUUCUAACGUGACCAUCUUGUGCUCGUGCUUGCAGUUCUUCGCCCAGACCGGCUUCCCGUGCCCGCCACUGAGAAAUCCAUCGGAUCAUUUCCUGAGAUGCGUCAACUCCGACUUCGACAAGGUGAAGGCCACCCUGAAAGGUUCCAUGAAGGCAAGGAUCGAGAGGUCGGACGAUCCUCUGGACAGGAUGACCACAUCUGAAGCCAUCAGAAAGUUGGUUGCAUCCUACAGCAGGUCCCAGUACUACUACGCUGCAAGGGAGAGAGUUAAUGACAUCUCACGACUGAAAGGAACUGUGCUGGAUUCAGGAGGAAGCCAGGCUAGCUUCUUGAUGCAGGCAGGCACACUGACCAAGCGCUCCUUCAUCAACAUGUCAAGGGACUUCGGGUAUUACUGGCUGAGGCUCCUCAUCUAUCUCCUCGUGACCGUCUGCAUUGGCACCAUCUACUAUGACGUCGGCACCAAGUACACAUCCAUCCUGGCUAGGGCUGCCUGUACCGCAUUCGUCUUCGGAUUCGUCACUUUCAUGUCAAUUGGAGGGUUCCCUUCAUUUGUUGAAGAAAUGAAGGUUUUCCAAAGGGAGCGGCUGAAUGGGCAUUACGGUGUCGCGGCUUUUGUCAUCAGCAACACAAUCUCGGCGCUGCCAUUCUUGGUCCUGAUAUGCUUCUUGUCAGGGACCAUAUGCUACUUCAUGGUGCGCCUUCACCCAGGUUUCUCCCACUACAUCUUCUUCGUUCUCAACCUCUACGCCAGCGUCACUGUGGUUGAGAGCUUGAUGAUGGCCAUUGCAAGUGUCAUCCCUAAUUUCCUCAUGGGGAUCAUUAUAGGAGCUGGGAUUCAGGGAAUAUUUAUGCUUGUCUCUGGAUACUUUAGACUUCCUUACGACAUUCCGAAGCCUGUUUGGAGAUACCCCAUGCAGUACAUCAGCUUCCAUUACUGGGCGCUGCAGGGGCAAUGCCAGAAUGACAUGGAUGGUCUCGUAUUUGACAACCAGUACCCAGACCAACCGAAGAUCCCUGGAGACUUCAUUCUGAAGUACAUAUUCCAGAUCAACGUGCACCGGUCAAAGUGGAUUGAUCUCUCAGUAAUUUUCAGCAUGAUCUUCAUCUACCGCAUUCUGUUCUUCCUCAUGAUCAAGGUAAAUGAGGAUGCACUGCCAUGGAUUCGGGGGUACAUUGCAAGGAAAAGGCUUCAAAAGAAGGAACCUCUUGGCAAGACACCCUCCCUCAGAGGCUACGUUGUGGAUCCAGAGCUUGGUCCUAACGAAAGCUAGAAUAUAAACUGUUAGCAGAUAUAGGCCCAUUUCUUGCCGGUUCUUGGUGGAAUAUGUAUCUAAGAUCAGAGAAACUGGUAUUUAUACGUUUUGAAACUGAAGCUCAAGCUGAUCGGAAUACAGGUAUAUACAGACAUGUAAUGUGUGAAAAAUGGCAUCAGAGAUGCAGAGUUGACACAUAGCUGGUGGUUCAGAAUUUACCUGUCUCUUCUUUUACAGAUAAUUUACAGUUCUACAUUCAGUAAAAAAAA